AUGGUGCAGGAAGACACUGUGGGUGCUGUGACUCAUCCGAGUGGUAAAAAGGUUAGGUGUGGGCUCCCAGCAGAGGAAGCUGGGGUAGAGACCACACCUAUCUCUGAGGUAGGUGCUUUCUCCUCACAGUCAUGGCGUGAUACCAGUGAGGUGCUGGAUCAGUCGGUGAGGAAAGCAGAAGCCCAACUAGAACAAGUUGGCGCACUCCAGAGUGCGGGAUCGUUCGGAGCGAUGUAUACACGCAGUCAGAGUGCAAAGUCCCCUAAGCUGACGCGUCUGCAGAGGGAUUUGGCUCAGAUUGUGGAUUCCUUACCUGCUCAGGACGACAUGGAUCUGGAUGAACAUGAGGUUCAAGAACCUCUUAGCGCUGAAGAACGCUCUAAGAUGGAGGAAGACCCAGUGGAUAAGCCCUUAGAGGACGUGAAACGAGAUCGACUUUAG